UCGGAUUUGUUCUCCAUAAAUAUGGAAGCUUCGAUUUCGUUACUCGGGUCAACAAAACCCAGUCUUUCCUCACUUAUCCCUUCUUCCAACGUCCUUCAUCGUCGAGACUUCCCUCUUCCUGCUUUGAAAUUGAAGAAAGUUUUAGUGUUGCCUCGAAUCGUGCACCAGAAACGACUCAUCAAAGCUCAGUGCUCUGAUGGAUUCAAACCAGAGGAAGACGAUGGGUUUGUUCUAGAAGACGUCCCUCACUUGACCAAAUUUCUUCCUGAUUUACCGUCGUAUCCAAAUCCAUUGAAAGAAAGCCAAGCAUAUGCCAUUGUUAAGCGAACCUUUGUCAGUUCCGAAGAUGUGGUUGCACAAAAUAUUGUAGUCCAGAAGGGAAGUAAGCGAGGAGUACACUUUAGGCGAGCAGGGCCUCGAGAAAGAGUGUACUUCAGAUCAGAUGAAGUAAAAGCUUGCAUAGUCACUUGCGGGGGCUUGUGCCCAGGAAUCAAUACUGUUAUACGGGAAAUUGUAUGUGGAUUGAACAAUAUGUAUGGUGUCAAUAACAUUCUUGGUAUUCAGGGAGGAUAUAGAGGCUUUUACUCCAAAAACACUAUGACCCUGACGCCUAAAGUGGUUAAUGAUAUUCAUAAACGCGGUGGCACUUUUCUUCAAACCUCAAGAGGAGGACAUGAUACAGUGAAGAUUGUUGAUAACAUUCAAGAUAGAGGAAUAAACCAGGUGUAUAUUAUUGGAGGUGAUGGGACGCAAAAGGGUGCAGAGAAAAUAUACCAGGAAGUUGAGAGGCGUGGUCUUCAAGUGGCGGUUUCUGGCAUUCCCAAGACAAUUGAUAAUGAUAUUGCUGUGAUUGACAAAUCAUUUGGGUUUGAUACCGCGGUUGAGGAAGCACAACGAGCUAUUAAUGCUGCACAUGUAGAGGUCGAGAGCGUGGAAAAUGGAGUUGGUAUCGUUAAACUCAUGGGCAGAUACAGUGGUUUUAUUGCCAUGAUUGCAACUUUAGCGAACCGUGAUGUGGAUUGUUGCUUGAUUCCAGAGUCUCCAUUUUUUCUUGAAGGAAAGGGUGGGCUCUUUGAGUUUAUUGAACAACGACUCAAAGAGAAUAGGCACAUGGUUAUUGUGAUAGCCGAAGGUGCUGGACAGGAUUAUGUUGCUCAAAGCAUGCAUGCAUCUGAAACUAAAGACGCCUCAGGAAAUAGACUCUUGCUUGAUGUUGGUCUAUGGUUGACUCAACAGAUAAAGGAUCACUUUACAAAUGUUCGGAAAAUGAUGAUAAAUAUGAAGUACAUAGACCCGACGUAUAUGAUAAGAGCAAUACAGAGUAACGCAUCAGACAAUGUCUAUUGCACUCUUCUUGCCCAAAGUGCAGUUCAUGGAGCAAUGGCUGGGUAUUCAGGUUUCACUGUAGGACCAGUUAAUAGCAGACAUGCUUACAUCCCAAUUUCUCGCGUGACUGAAAUGACAAAUACGGUGAAGUUAACUGAUAGGAUGUGGGCUAGACUCCUUGCAUCGACAAAUCAACCGAGUUUCUUGACUGGUGAAGGAGCAUUGCAGAAUGUGAUCGACAUGGAAACUCAAGAAAAGAUCGAUAACAUGAAGAUCUCUUCUAUCUAAGAAACAGGUCAGUUGAUAUGCAUCAACUGUUCCAAAUGUAUACUAGACAUUUAUGCAUAGAAGAUAUCUUUAUCAAAAAACCAUGAAGUAUUUC